CUUUUUUCGUGCUCCAGUGAAACAGGAUUAAUAACAUCGCAAACAAGAUGGAAGAAGAGGAGCAUACAGACAGGAAGCAGCGGUUUGCCAUGCUUUUUCAAAAGAUCAACAACAUUACAAAGGAUCUCCAUAAAGAUGACACGGACAAUAUUAAACAGGUUAUCGGCUCAAACUCCCCUGAGUCGUGCCUCUCAUAUUUGACGGACCUGGAGAAGAAAGAGGACCCUCAAUUGGAUCGUAACCACCUCACCAGACUUAUUGACUUUUAUACCAGAGUAUUCUCCAAUAUGCCGCUGGGAAAACACUGUCAGAAUGAGAGCUAUGCCCGGCUGUUGGUCAGAUUUGCAGAGCUAAAAGCAAUUCAAGAUGUCAAUGAGGCAGAAGCCAACUUCAACGUGGCGAGGUCUCACAGCCAGAACUUUGCAUUUGUUCACAUUGCACAUGCACAGUUUGAACAUUCUCAAGGCAACACAAAGAGAGGCAUUUACAUAUUGCAUAAUGCUAUUGAGCUGGGUGCCAAACCAAAGGAGCUGCUGGAGGCUGUCUUGCAGAGCAUGCAGACGGGGAAACAACUAUUAUUCUGUUCAGAGGAUAAGGAAAAUGUACUACAGUUGUCGAACAGUAAUGUGCACGGUUCUGUCAAAAAGGGCUCGGUAUUCCAAAAAGUAUGCCGAACAUCGGACGGCACAGGCGAGUUGCAGCUCUCCAGUAAUUUUGGUUCAGGGACGGAAUCCCUCGGUGGAUCAUCAGAUGACCAACUGUCAGGCUGGAGGUCUGGAUCUCAUUGCAAGAGAGUAGUUGGCAUGCCAGGGAGAGUUCCCAUAGUACCUUUCUCUAUCCCCGAAAAGGAUGAUGAUGAUGACGACGACAUCAUCAAUGAGAAGCCCUCAAAGAGAAAUAAUGCAUCAAUCCACACCAGCAUGUCCAGGCAAACAUGUGGUUCGAACGUGAACCCGCUAUUUGGGCUAUCAUCUUCAAAGAUAAAAGAUGUCGAUCGUUUAUACUAUCGACCACCAGCUGUCAGUCCCGAGUAUUGCCCUUGGGAGGACCAGGCAGCGGUGGACUCCACCACCACACUCCUCCACACACACGACACAAGGGACGCCCCGAGAGUGGAAGAUGUGACGUUCAUCUUCGACCAGGUCGUCAAUUCACAUUCCCCCGAGUCGUGUUGGACGUAUCUGAUGGACCUGGAGAAGAGAGGCAGCCCUCACACAGACAUCUACCUCCUGAAUAAGCUCAAGGACUGUUACUCUAAAAUCUUCUCCAGGCUGCCGAUAAGACAGUUCAGCAAAAACGCCAGCUACGCCAGAAUACUGGUCAGAUACGCAGAACUCAAGGGGAUUGAAGACCCAGAUGAAGCCCAGGACCACUUCAUAGUUGCAAGAUCCAACUGUAAAGCCUUUGCCUUUGUCCACGUAGCACAUGCCCAGUUUGAGCUUUCUCAAGGUAAUGUGAUCAAAGCAACUUCAAUUCUGCACAAAGCCCAGGCGUUAAAUGCCAGGCCAGCGGAGCUCCUGGAGUUGGCCAUACGUAACCUGAAAGCUGGGGAGAAACAGCUCGUGCCCCCCAGGGAGGAGGAGGAGGAGGAGGAACAUCCUGCAGAUUUGCAAACAUUUGCUGCGGUAAGUGCGUCUACUUGUGGGAGAAACCAGGAACUUCAUCUUCCUGGUCGGGUCCCUGUGAACCGGUCAGCGGAACAGCCGAAAGCUGCCAGCAAGGAGCCUUCAUCCGAGUGGAAGAUGCCAACUCUCAUCAACCGGCACGUUUCUCCAGAGGACAAACGAACUACACCUCCUGACCCCAGACCCGUUCCCCGUAUGCGUGAGUCCCUCCCCACUCCAUCCCUUCAUCUUCCUUCAAGAACGAACCCACAGACAGUCUGUCAGACACCGAACGGCUACAGGAACCCUAGCAGCUUUAUUACUCCCGUCUUAAAGCGAGGCCCUGGGGUGUCUUCCUCUGCAGUGGCAGCGCACAGAACCGGACCCGUUCAGCAGCCGUGCACACCGCUAAACCAAACGCCAUGCUUCCAGACUCCACAGGCGUCUCUCUCUGCGUUGUCAAACGAAACCAUCACCAUCAAAGGCAAGCAGUUCUUCAUACUCAAGAUGAUUGGACGUGGUGGAUCUAGUAAGGUCUACCAGGUCCUCGAUCACAAAAAGCAGCUGUUUGCUGUGAAAUACGUCGACCUCGAGGAGGCCGACGCUCAGACAAUAGAGAGCUACAAAAACGAGAUUGAACAUCUGAACCGCUUGCAGCAGUACAGCGAUCAAAUCAUCAAGCUCUAUGACUAUGAAAUAACCAACAGCUCCAUCUACAUGCGGAUGGAGUGUGGAAACUUGGAUCUGAACACUUGGUUGCGAAACCGCAAGACUGUGAAUCCGCUGGAGCGGAAGUUCUACUGGAAGAACAUGCUGGAGGCCGUCCACACCAUCCACAAACACGGAAUUGUCCACAGUGACCUGAAGCCGGCAAAUUUUGUCAUUGUGAAUGCGUCGCUGAAGUUGAUUGACUUUGGCAUCGCCAACAGAAUCCAGCCGGAUGUUACGAGCAUUAUGAAGGACUCACAGGUCGGGACCUUGAACUACAUGCCCCCUGAAGCCAUCAAAGACACCUCAUCCCAGGCAGGAAAAGCCCGCUCAAAGAUCAGUCCCAAGGGUGACGUGUGGUCCCUUGGGUGCAUCCUGUACUGCAUGACUUACGGGAAAACUCCAUUCCAAGGCAUCACCAAUCAGAUUGCCAAGCUGCACGCCAUCAUCGACCGGUCUCAUAGGAUUGAAUUUCCCGACAUCGCCGAGAAGGAUUUGCUGGAUGUGUUGAAGAAGUGCUUGGUACGAAACCCCAGAGAGCGAAUCUCUAUUGCAGAGCUGCUGGAACAUUCAUACCUGCAGCUGAAGCAACAAGCAUCACCUGGACCAGAGCGUCCGAGUAAUCGUGAUCUCCAGAAGAUCCUGACGGACCUCGCAGCCCUCCAGUCUCCAAACAGCAUCGUCCGAGCUGCUAAUAAUCUGGCCAAAAUGUGCAGCAGCGGCAGGAAGUUGGAUGUUGCAGAAUGUGCAAAGUCCUCAACCUUUAACCCCUGUUAACCCCUUCAGCACAGCAACAGUACUUUCUGUAAGAUGUAGAACUAACAAAUCUAUGUUUGUACGUUUGUGACUUUGAAACAAAAUCAUUAUAUUGCUUCAUUUUUACUCCUGUCCUCUCAUAAUAAAUGUAAGCAUACAGCAUAGUCAAAUAGAAGUACUGUAUCCUUAGGACUUGUUGAUUUAUUUGUCUCCACUGAAAAUAAGGAUGGGUACCUGACACGGUGUGCUAUUUUAACACAUUUCUUUGUGGUAGAAGAGUUCAUUAAGUUGAGUUUAUCAAGAUAGUCCCUAAAUUUAAAUACUCAAACACUCCUGGUGAGACAAACGCAAUGAGGACAUUUUUCCUAAUUGUUUUUUUUAUUGUCUAACUAAAUUGUUGUGUAGUGUUUUGAUUUUUUUUCAUAAUGGUGACGUGAGGUAAAUUAAAUAGUCGACAUUUCUAAAUGCAAAACACUUUUUUUUUUUUUUUAAAGUCAUGUCUUUUUUUUUUACUUGUUGGCUGGUCUGUGCAAAUCUAAAUCCAGCACACCAAUGAAGAAUAGAUCUUUAUGAAAGGCGAUACAUUAAGAAAAAGUGCUCGUAUUGCAAUAAAUCUAGGAGAAUACUGGUACAGUGAAACACCAUGGACAUUGUAUGAAUCUAACCGAAUAUUCAGCAUUCAGAGUUUUUAAGAAAGAAAAAAAUAAAUGAGAUUUCAAAUAUGAUGAAACACCUUUCUAUUUUGGAGGUAACUCGCUUUAAAUUUCUCC